UUACCUAACCCAGCCAAACCAUGCGCUGCUUUUACGUCUAAGAGGAACAGGAGGAACACACCUCUUCCCCCUUUUAAUUAACAUCCUUGUUGAGAUCGCUCGAGUAGCCGCGUCUCCGUGUUCAAUAUGGAGACUGAUUCGCAAACAACUCCUGGGCCACGUGCCCGCCUUCCCGCAAGUCAGGUCGACUGUAAGUGGUGGAAGAGGGGCCAUUGUUUCCGUGGUCGUGAAUGCUAUUUCCGCCAUGAUGAUGCUCUGGCCGGCGUGGACAAGCCCGCAAGGCGCCCCGCAGCCGGUGCAACCGCAGUAAAUACCCGCGCUGAAGCAGCUGUAGCUGGCCCUUCGGUUUCUUCUGAGUCCACCUCAAACCAGACUCCUCCCACGACAGCUAACUCUCCUAAGUCAGAGACCCCUGAGGAACCGUGUGGAAUUUGCAUGGAAACUCCUACUGUCUUCGGCCUGCUUGUCAAUUGUGAUCACGUCUUUUGUCUAAGCUGUAUACGGAGCUGGCGCUCCUCUGUGGGCACUUCUGCUGAAGAUAUGAUCAAUACUCCCGAUUCUCGUGUCCCAAGACAGACGACUAAGACGUGCCCGCUCUGCCGGACUAAAAGCGAAUUUGUCGUGCCCAGCUCAGUAUUUCCAACCCCGCCACAACCUACCGCUGCAACCACUGGGCUUGCCAGGAGCGAAACUGCUUCUACGAAUGACUCCACCGGAAUCGCUGAGCCUAGUAGUUCGACUGGAGCAGACAACCCGGCCAAGGCUAAAAUCAUUGAUAGAUACCUCGCCCGCCUAAAGGUAAUCCCCUGCCGCUAUUUUGCAGAGAGCAUUCAACGAUGGCGUGAUCUACCUAUUAUCGAGAACCCAGACACAGAAGUCGGCGGUCUCCUUCAUCCGGAAUUCUCGGGGGAAUGUCUCUUUGGAAACGAAUGCCACUUCGCUCACAUCCACCCCAUUACGAAAGUUCCCUAUAUCUUCACCAAGAAGGAGAUAUCCUCUAUGAAGCGCGCAAACCAUGCGAGAAGAGCAAGGGCUCUUCGCAGAGCAAUUAGGCGAUUUGGACAAGCGCCACGCGGGUUCGUUACGAGCGAGGAUCGCAGAGAAUUGCAAAGGAGGUUUGGGACUCUUCGCGUCGAGGAUGACAACGAAAGUAAUGCCGCGUCUGAUUCCCCACUCAUUUCGGAAGGUCCUAGUCUCGAUACCAUUCUUAGCCUUGGGCUCGUUUUCUACGAUGUGGUUGAUGAGGAUAUCCCGUGGCUUGCGGGUGACGAUGAUGUUGACGAUGAGAUUUUCCGUUUCUUCUGAACGCCAAAACUCCAAGGGCUGGUUUUUUGAGGGGGCAGGUUAACAGGCGGUUGGCUCUUCUUUCCUUCCUUCUUUCUUCUUUUUUUGCUCCCAUUUUUUUCCGUGGCGGCAGUACAUGACCCGGUGUUGUUUUUGCAUUUUACACUCACGUUCAGCAUGGCGUUGAUUCCAGGGAACGAUACAAGCCUCCAUAUGGCAGGUGUUUGGUGGCGCUCGUGGUUAGCCACUUGUGUUUCUCAUUUUAUCUAAUUUUAAUUGCCAGAUCUUUUGAUACACGAUUGCUGGAUGCCCGAUACCCAAGGGAUAAUUAAGGAUCCAAAAGUAAUGAUGUGCCCAAGAAGAGCGUAGUUUAAUGAAAAUUAAUAUCACAAUUAAGGUCCCAUCUGAAAUAAAGUAUUGAAGUGCAGUCUGAUCUUUUGCGAUUUUGAUCUUGUUACGUCAGUUUUGCUCUCCAG